GCCCAUUUACGAUACUCAGGUAAUCGAAAUUCGGCCACCCCCAGCUACAGCAACAAUCGAUUGGCGAUAGACGAUAGUUGCCAGCUGUUUGGUCGCCCGUUUGUGUUGUGUAACUGAGUUUCAUUUUUGAACACCAAGAUGUCCGCAUCCGCUGCCCGAGGCUCCACGUCGCUGCUGAAGCGCGCCUGGAACGAGAUUCCGGACAUCGUCGGCGGAUCCGCCUUGGCCCUCGCCGGGAUCGUGAUGGCCACCAUCGGGGUGGCCAACUACUACGCCAACGACGGGGACAACCGGAAGUACAAGCUCGGCUACGUCGUCUUCCGCCACGACGAUCCGCGCGCCCAGAAAGUCCGCACCGAGGAGGAUGACUAGGGGACUACUAUGGACUCUCAUCUUUGAUUUAUUUGUUUACGCCAUAGCUAAGUAAAACAAACGAUAAAAUGUA